GCCGUGCUUUACGGUGGUUUCGCGCAUGUGCACUAUUCCUCUAUUUUCUACACGAUGGCGUCGAUGGUGUCAAAAACGCAGAAAACGAAAACGAUCGUGUGGACUGAUGAAGAAGUUGGCCUACUAUUAGACGUUUUUGCCGAAGAGACCAUUCAAAUAGGGCUAGAGAAAGCAAAAUGCCCGAAAGACAAAAAUGCAGUGUACCUGGAAGUUCAGAAGAAGUUAGAACAGCACGGUAAGUUUUUAUGGUAAAAUCCUUCCUUCUGACAGUUUUUAUCAGGUCACUGUGUUUCAUUUCGCUCUAAUGCUAUUUCGUUUUUCUGGUUGUUUCAAAAAGGAAUGAUGAAAACUGUCGCGGCAAUUACGGACAAAUUGAAAAAACUACGUGCAAAAUACAAAGAUGUGAAGGAUAGUGCCAAGAAGAGCGGAAAUUCGAGACCCAAGAAGCCCUGGAAGUUCAUGGAAAAAAUGGACACAAUUUUUAAAGAUAACCCAACUAUUGACCCACCGCAUCUGUGGGAUAGCAGCUCCAGUGAUCACAAUCGUGAAGUCGACAAUGGAAGCUCUCUAGAAAAUGGUAGAGUGUUUGUUCUUGUUGCUGUUGUGUUUUUAGAUUAACAAUCAAAAUAUUUUUUGUGCAUUUUGUUUAAAUAAGCUCUGUUAUUUUUCAAAUCAUACACCAAAUGAAUAUAUUCCGUGUAUGUUUACUAGAUAACCUGCCAGUUAAAAAAAAAUAAUGAGGAUGGGAAUGAGAGUUAACUGGAGUUUUUCAAACUGUGUGGUGCAUGUACAUGUGGCAGUUAAUUUUUUGUUUCUGCAGUUAAAGUUUAUUUUUCCUUUGUUUUUAGGUAUGUGAUGUAUGAUAACGAGUUUUAAACAUGGAAAAAUAAAAAUUUAACUGAAAACAAAAAUUAACUGCAACAUACUCAUUUACUGUUAUAAUUGACUUUUUGGCAGGAACAGAAACCUCAGAAAAUAGCUCAGAACUGCAUUCUGAGAAAGAAAGUGAUGUAGUCUCAGACACUGAUUCUAGUAGUUCUGAAAGGAAGAGAUCUAAGUGCAUCACAGGUACCACACCAAAAAGUUCCAAGAAAACAAAAGUGGAGAAGUCAAUUGAAACAGUGUGUUUGAGUCUCCGUGAAUCCUCAGAAGCUGAGAUGAAGAGGUAA